AUGUCGACAUUGCUUAAUAAAAGGCGAGGAUAUAAACUGUAUCAUAUCAUAUCAUGUGUAUCAGAGGUAUCAAACUUGAUCAACGUGUUAGCUCAGUCAGCAGGAGUGCCAUGCUUCGAGCUGCUUUUACGCGAUUGCAUGGCUGCAUGGUUCGAAACUCAAAAACAAUCGUACGCAUGUGAUACGGUACCUAUGGAUUCCAGCCAAGUAUUCGAUUACCACAGAUAUCUCAUGGUCCUUUUACGUAAAGGUUGGGAGAAUGGUCAAUCAGAGCGACCCUUGACAGAAGUUAUUUUGAAGUUCUAA